AUCGCGUUUAUUUUAUUAGCGUAGUGACGUUUUCUUAAAGAAUGAAGUCUCCGUACUUAAUUGUUUUAUUCUAUUUACUGUUUGCUGUAUUGGGUAUGAAAAUAAAAAAUUAUAACUCGAUGCAAAUAAAAGAUUUAAAAAUUACAAAGUGUGAUAAGAAAGACUAUCCGCUCACUGUAAACAAUGUCACGGUUCAGUUUGGGUCAAAACCGCGGGUAAAAGUCAGUGGUUCAUUGAGCACUGAAGUUGACCUUAUUGGCUCCAUUAAGGCGUCUGUCAUAAUAAAACGUAAUGUCUGGGGUUUGUGGAUAGAAGUUCCUUGUGAAGAUAACAUGGGUUCUUGUACUUAUGACAAUUUAUGCGACUAUGGAUAUCCGAAAAAUGAAACUUGCCCGCCGGAUUUUGUCAAAAACAAUGUACCUUGCAGAUGCCCAAUAAAAAAGGGGAAUUACACAAUUUUACCGACAAUCGGACUCCCCGAACAAACUUCCAUUUUGUCGGGUACUUACAAAGGCUCAGUUGAAAUCACGCAACAAGGGAAAUUCCUCGCGUGUUAUAAUCUUUAUUUUGUUCUCUAUGACGAAAGUGACCUCUAUUCUGUGAUUCAAGUAUAGAUAAAAUUUAUAAAAACGUAUUUAUAAAAAAACAACGAAAUAAAUUAUUUUUUUAAUUUAA